AUGGCUUCCGGCUCAAUCUUCACUUUUGACACCGACCCCCAACGGGUCUCUUCUCCCUGGUUGGCCCCCGAGGACCCAGGGAGGAAACCCAGGACCGACGAUGGACAGAUCCAGCCCGGGCACCUGUCAGACUAUGGUGUGACAAAGUUGGAAGCCGAGCCACAAGAGGGUCCAACUGAAUAUAAGCUUCAUCUCUUGUUGCGACCACGGCGUACCUAUACGACCAUGAGCACCAUCACUUCUUCUCACAACCUCAGAAACCCGGUCACUCGCGCCUCCAAGAUCGCAUCGGCAGCUCUAUCGGCCUCAAGCCAGAGUCGACAAGUCCGGUUACAGCAAUUGACGACUCAAUUGCUUUGGAGACUUCAGCAGUCAUGCGCCUACCAUGCUCUGAACCCCAAAGACCUCAUCAUUCCAAAGCUUCCCGAUGACACGGACGACUUGAGUCAGGCCAUGACGCCGCACAAACCUCCCCCCGGUCUUGAGGAAUCUCGUGGGGCUUUAUACGAAAUUGGGGUCGCCGACGACGGUACCCUCGUAGGCUUGACCAAGGACGAGAUGGAUGAGAGCAUCACGACUCUUAGGGUCAUGGCCGCUACCUUGGGAUGCCGGGUCGAAAUCCUUCGCUAUGUCAUAGUAGGCGAAUGCGAGUGGCUCGAGACGUCAGAAUUGGUCGAUAACGAAGCGACACAACCUGUUCAGGUUGCCCGACAGGGAAGACUUUGGGUUGUGGAAGCGCUUGUUACUCCUGACUAUUCAACGCGCCAUGCUCAGCCAGAGGACUCCCGAGAGAGCCGCCGCGGAACCAAACAAUCUCCAAGAGCCAAGGAGCCUGUUGUGCCACCAAGCAGAGGGCGUUCCACCACCGAUCAGCUGAGAAUAACUCUCACCGGACCGACAACAUCGGGAAAAUCCACUCUUCUGGGGACACUCUCUACUGGAACAGUUGACAAUGGGCGUGGGAAAAGUCGCAUUAGUCUGUUCAAACACCGACACGAGGUAGCUUCGGGGCUCACCAGCUCCGUAGCACAGGAGCUCAUAGGAUACAAGGACCAUGCUGUCUUCAAUUACUCGCAGGAUCAUGUCGAGUCGUGGAUCGACAUCCACGACAGCGCUGAGGAUGGACGUCUUGUAUUUGUCUCUGAUUCAGCCGGCCACCCCCGCUACCGCCGAACGAUCCUUCGUGGUCUUUUCGGCUGGGCUCCUCAGUGGACUGUUCUCUGCAUUGCUGCAGACGACGCAGACGCAAGCUCGACCAAGGACGGAGCUAGUUCCUCGGCUAACGAAGUUCUAGGGGUUGCGGGUGCCGGCGUGGACCUUGCAAAAGCCCAUCUGGAGCUGUGUCUGAAGCUGAAGACACCUUUGGUCAUUGUCAUCACAAAACUGGACCUGGCCACCAAAGCAAGCUUGCAGCGAACCUUGGGCCAGCUGCUAACACACAUCAAAGAGGCGGGCCGAGUUCCCAAGAUUCUUCAGCCAGCUCUGCAUGGCGCCCAGGAAUGGACCACCAUCUCUUCGGCUGACCUUGACAAAGUUAAGGCCACCACGACGGAGAUGAAGCGAGAUGGGGACUUGCUUAGAUUCAUUCCCAUCAUCCUCACCAGUGCUGUUAGUGGCGCCGGCAUUGGCUUGACCCAUGCCCUCUUGGAGAGCCUGCCCCUUCCACCAGCGCCCACUGCACAGGAUUAUAUUGGAAUGGCACUCAACCCAGAACAGCCUUCGUGUCUUUUCCACAUUGACGACACCUUCAGUCUCCCAGCUUCCUAUGCUUCCCUUGCCGAGAAUCCGAACCAGAACGACAUGGGAACCGUCGUGUCCGGUUACUUGCGGUUCGGCCAGCUCUCUGUCGGAGACAGCAUCGUCGUUGGACCUUUUCCCUCGGGCGAUGACGAUUUCAAAGGCAUGUCGCCAGAGGACCGGUCUUCUCCCGGCAACUACGGCCUGUCUAUAUCCCAUCCUGCGUCGGCGGAGCUGGCUAAAAUUGCGAUACGUAACACGGUCGCUGCCUCGACCAUCAAGGGAGAGUGGCACAAAGCCAAAAUUGUUAGCAUACGUAACCUGCGGUUGCCUGUCAACACUCUCGAAGCUGGCCAAGUUGGCACUAUUGGCAUCGUGCUAGACAUUGCCCCGGAUGAUUCAUCCGAAGGAGCUGUCGAGCCGCCAGUAACUGCUCCUCGGAUUCGAAAGGGCAUGGUUCUGGCCAUCCCAUCCAAACACAUGGUGGACACGGGCAUGUCUCUCCAGGCAGCCAGCGGGUUAACUGUGUCUUUCAACGACCCAAAUGCAGCGUUUUUGACGUGCGGUUCCCUUGUCAAUGUUUACGUCGGCAGUGUUCGCGCAGCUGCCAAAGUCAAGGGGGUCACCAGGCUGCCAACCAAGGAUGAGUCGAGAGACUCGAACACAGACGAGGCCGAAGAGAUCUUCAAUAUGAAUGAGCACGAUGAGCACGCCUCUGUUGCCGAGCCAGAGUUCUCCGGGGGUGUCCAGGCAACGCUCGAACUAUUGACUAGCAGAGAAUGGGUUGAAAUGGGCUCGCAGAUAUUGGUGCUCGAGGGAGGCCGUAACGAUAGAUCUGGAUUGGAGGGAUUCGUAGGCACCGUUGUGGAGAUUGUUGAUUGA